AUGGCGUCAAAUUGUACUCUCAACUCUUGCUAUGUGGUCAUCUCUCAACAUUUUGACCCUUGGUUGAUCACCCCCAAACCUUCUUGGAUUGUGCUUCUGCAUGACUACUCUGACGACACUGCUUUCUUCACUUCUCUAAUCCAGACUACGAUUUCAAAAGCCACGCCCGGAAUUCUGCAUUGUUUAUGUGUUACAAAUCACUGUAGGCGCACACAACAGGGAAUUGGUAUCGAGGGAACAGACGACUGGGAGCUUCCUACAGCCGAGUCAUGCGGUGUAUCGCAACAGCUGCUAGACUCAAUCUUACGUCCCAUCACAUCGUUGCGCCUGAGUAACAAUUUCUUUCCUUGGUCCAGUCCAGCCUACCAUGGCCUUGUCAAACUCCACCUUUUGUUCACUCGAUCAAAGCGCGGUCGUAAGCCCCACAUUCAUGUCGACAAACUUAGGGACAUGCUUCUAGCUUCUCCUGCGCUUCGCGUACUGCACAUUAACAUUAUCGUGAUUGGCAAAGACGAAAUCAACGGAUUAGCACCUGUUCCUCUCAACGAGCUGGAAGAACUGAGCUUAGACGAAAUGUCACGCGAUGUAUACGACGUAGUUCUUCCGUUACUCGCGCCCGGAACAAAGCCACUACAGUUCACGUUCCAGAUGCAGCAAGAGUUCAAUGCGCCGCUGUACUGUACAACGGUUGCGGCAUUUCUGGAGCGGACGAAUGUAACCAGUUUGUAUAUCCUUGGUCGAUCGUUAUUCGACCAGCGUCUUUCAGUUGAUGAGUUGAUGACCAAGUCGCCCGGGAACAUACGUACGCUUGGGUUGGAAUAUCUGCAGAUACUAGAGGCUCCAAUCUCUGAAGUCGAGAACUAUGAGGGGCUAGGACAGCUGAGUCGGCUAUAUAUGAGAAAGUGUGUGAUAGACGUAAACGAGUUCAAGAAGUUGGCUGGCCUGUUCCGACUACAAAUGCUUAAAUUGCACAAGCCCGAGUUCCGAGGGAGACUGAAGGGAAAUGAUGCAGAGGCACGGCAGGAAAUAAUGUCGAUAGCGCCAACUGUGAAGUGGGUGCGUUCGACAAGGGGAAUGGAUCGAUGGGAUGGGUGGAUGGUGGAAUAUGAUGACCCGCCAGCGACGGUCGACUUGUCCGAUAGGUCGUGCGGCGAUAUACCAUCUGCAGUAUUGUAA